UGACUGCAGCAACAAAUGUACCUGUGUUCAAAAUGCAGCCUUAAGUUUUGAUCAGUGGUGUUGUUAUUUCCUUUGCUAAGAAAAUCGAGGAUUUACAAGUACUUUGGUGAAAAGCAGGUGUCUAACAUCAGGUUUCUCAGGAGAAAGGAGGCGGGCAGUGUUGCUUGCAAAGGUGAAUCAAUCCAAACUCAGAGGGAGUCAGCAAGCAAACCAGCCAGACAGCAGUCAAACAGAGCAGACAGCAGCAAGGCAAGUGGUGCAGAGCAGUGCAGAGUGUGAGCCUGUGACAACCAACAGCAAGCAGAAGCCAACCCACACACUGCCCCCUGAUUUCCACAGACUGUCACACACACACCACUGACACAGUGCUGGGAAAGUGCUGGAGAUUAAGGAGAAAAAAAGACCUUAUUUAGCAAUCCGGAUCAACAGAGAACUUGGUGUGUUUGGAUUGUUCAAGUAACAGUGGGAUAUACCGAAAAAAAGUUUUCGUUUAGAUCUGAAGUUUUUUUGCGGGGAAGAGAACUGGCAAUGCCGACUGAAAUCUCGGGCAGUCGAAGAAUGCAGCCUGGCCUGGAACUGAGUUCCUCUUUACCGCUGAGGAUAUUUCACAAGGGUCCCAGCUACCUCCGCAAGCAGGUGGUGGAAGAGGGCGUGAGCCGUGGCCGGCUGAGCGCUGUGGAGAGGUUGGCUGCUGACAAAGCCAAGUAUGUCAAGAGCCACCAGGUGAUGAGCUCCCCUCAGCAGCAACAGGAGCCGCUGGCAGUGAGCUUGAGCUCCAACUCUGAGAGCAGCAGCAACAACAGUGACAGCAGCAACAGUAGCAGCAACAGGAGUUCAUCAGUCAACGGUGCAGGUCACCCUCUAGGGGGUUUGGGUUUGGACUUGGGGUUGACCAAGCCAGGAGGCCAGAGACAACCGCAGUCACAGGCCAGCCGUCACCAGCCCUUCCAGAGCCAGCUCACCGCCAAACGUUACAGCACCAAGAGGCAAAUGCGCCCGGACUCGCUGGUGAUCUACAGGCAGAAGUGUGAGUUUGUCAAGGGAGCCACAGGCGAGAGCCCCAGAGGCAAUAACCUGGUGCGGAGGCUGUUCCAAAGCUCCUCUCUCAGGGACAAGCAGAUGGCAACCCCCCAAGCUGCCCCCCAGCCGGCCAAGGUCAUCAUAAGGGAGGGGGUGAGGUGCCAGGAGCCCGCCAGAGAUGCGCAAGUCGGGGAUGAGCCUCAGGGCAUCUCGAUGGACAAGCCUCAGGGCACCUCAACGGACAUCGCAAGCUCCCAGACUCUGGCAACUUGUCCCCAGAAAUUCGAGCCACCCUCAGAUGUGCGGGGCAAAGAGAUAACCAGGCAGGGAUCAAAGGAUCUUAAGAGGAGAGGCGUCCUCCGAUCGCAGUCCGAUAUCAGCUCCAGGUACUCCAAAGCCUUCUCUGAGUUUGACAGCUUCUUCAGGUACUGUGGGCUGGAGCCCGAGGUGGUGGAGGACAUCGGGAGGGAGAACUUCUCCUCGGUUUCCGACAAUGUCACCUUUAGAGGCCGGAGUGUGAGCAUCACUGCCGACUCGGACAGUGAGUUCUCCAGGCACAGCGGUGAGAACGACCGGCUGCUGGAGGAGGAGCUGAACGAUCAGAUCUCCUCGUCUCUGUCAGUGGUGGAGCGCAAUGCCCGCGUCAUCAAGUGGAUCUACAGUUGCAAGAAAGCGAAGGAGUUGGGCAGUGCGCUACUUGUAUAGCAUUUAACUCUCAAAGCACUGGAAUGGUCAGGACCUGUCCUCGCCCCUGUGCAUAAAACUGGCUGACGCUUUUGACACACUUCACAGUAAAAUACCGUGAGCCACUUUGAGACGUCUGGGCCAUGGGAUGGAGGCAAGGAUUAUUAAGACUCCACCAGCGCAGAGAACUUCCUGAUAGAGGGAUGGAGAGGGAAUUAAACUGAGUGAAGAGGACUGUUUAUUUACUUCCCAGCAUAUUUAAAAAUUGCAAGCGCAUUUUUUACAGUUUUGCUUUUAUUGUGUGUGGAAAAGUUAUCUCUGUACGUUUCUCAUAGGCUGGGACAUGGACUGCCCAUGGAUUGCAAUAGGUUGCAACAUGGCAGGCUCCUGCUAAUGUGUUUGCCCGAUUAUUGAUUAUUAAUUAUUAAUUGGAAUUGAUCCACCUUCAUAACACGAAGCCAAAGGAAACUUGCAAAUCCGACAGCUCCAGAUUCUUUUUCUAAAUUAUAGUUACGUAAUUUAUGUGAAAACUCAAUUUGGAAAACUUUUCACCCUGACUCCCGACGUUUGUUUACAAAAAUUUAAAAACUGGGAAUCAGUCAUUGCUGUCAUGUAAAUUGGCUGCUAGGUUCGCCUACAAGUAGACAGUCACUACACUUU